UCUCCAACCCGAAUAACCAUGGAUAUAAGGCCGAAUAAUACGAUUUACAUCAAUAACCUCAAUGAAAAAGUCAAGAAAGAUGAACUGAUUAAAUCUUUGUAUGCUAUUUUCUCACAAUUUGGCCAAAUAUUAGAUAUUGUAGCUCUGCGUACACUAAAAAUGAGAGGACAAGCUUUCGUUAUAUUUAAAGAAAUUGCUAGUUCUACAAAUGCACUUCGAAGCAUGCAAGGGUUUCCAUUUUAUGACAAGCCAAUGAGAAUUCAGUAUUGUAAAACCGACAGUGAUAUUAUAGCAAAGAUGAAAGGUACAUUCCAAGAACGUCCUAAAAAGCACAAGCCACCAAAGCCAGUUAUUCCACCAGAAGAGAGAAAGGCUAAGAAAAGCAAAAGUUCUAACAGUGAUGGCACUACAUCCCAUUCAUCAAACAACCCUAAUGCAGAACAACCACCAAAUCAAAUUUUGUUCCUUACUAACUUACCAGAUGAAACAACAGAAAUGAUGUUAUCCAUGUUGUUCAACCAGUUCCCUGGUUUCAAAGAAGUCAGAUUAGUCCCCAAUCGUCACGAUAUCGCCUUCGUUGAGUUUGCUACUGAAUUGCAGAGUGGUGCUGCUCGAGAUGCUUUACAAGGAUUCAAAAUUACUCCAUCCCAUGCUAUGAAAAUAUCAUUUGCUAAAAAAUAAUGUUAAUUUUUGUAUUU